AUGGAAGAUUUUGAGAAGAAAGUGGUGAUCUCAGACAAUAUGGACAUCGAAAAUGGCUUUGCUUCCGCCAAAAUCGUGGAUCUGCUUCGACAAUUCCUCUCAGUUCAGCAGCGCAGAGCCGAAACUUACGCCAAACUUAAAAGGGGCUUUGCAGACUAUAUGGUAUCAGGAGGGGAAUCUGCCUACCAACAACUUUGUAGCGAGAUUACAGUAGAAUUUAAUGAUUGCUCGAAACAAGUUCUUGAACUGGAGUCAUUGUUUGUGGGCCCUGAUUACUGCCGAGAGGAUCUAGCUUGCCUGCUCAGAGACAUUCAGACACAGGAAAAGCAAAAGUUGCAUCUCACAGCAACAAUUCAGGUGUUGAAGAAGGCGGGUCGUCCUUCAGAACGUCUGGUGAGCCAUGAGAACUGCAGAUUCACGAGGCCAAUGGAGCACAAUUGUGUGCAUGUCCACGAAAUAACUGAAGCUGCUGGAACUGAAGAGGCAGAGGCAGAUGCCAAAUAUGAUAAUGCCCUCAAGGAAGCCAUUAAAGGUGUCCAGGAUGCCGUCACUGCCAUAAAUGAACAUUUGGAGGAAGUCAGGUAUGAGAUUGCAGCCCUUGAAGUCGAGUGA